UUCUGGAGUCAGUGGAAAUUAACACCUCACUUCAUCAUCAUUGCUUUCAAAUGGUACUUCAUUUAUUUUUCGCAUAGGACAAUUUAUACGAGGAGAAAAUAACACUGACACAAAAAUGUGAAAAUGGAUUUGACAGCUGUAGUUUGCGUGCUUGCAUUUAUCAUCAUUGUCAGGUUUUUAAGUCGAUCUGACCCGCCAAAAAUUAAUGGAAUUUAUUCUCAACCGAAUAAGUGGUAUUUGAUGAAAUUCAUGAUUUUUAAAUUUUUGUUAUGGCUUAGAAAACUAGAGAAAAAUAAAAAAGUUACAGGUGAAAAUGCUGGGAUGGGAAGAAAAUCGAGAAAUUCUCCGGAAGAUAUGGACAAAGUUCAACUAUUACCAAAGGAGCAUCCAAAGGCUGUGGAUGCAGUAUACCUUACUGGAAGUAACAAAGAAGGUCAGUUCCUGGUCACGGCAACAGCUAGACGCCAUGACAAUCAUGUCCAAACCAUUGUCUAUCUUAGACUACCUGAUUUAGGAUUUCUCGAGCUUCCAUCUAUGCCGGACACCUCUCUACGUGGGACCAUGGAAAAUGAGUUCGCUGCUGGUGGGUUACAUAUCAGUAUGGUAGAACCAAUGAAAACUUGGAGUAUAAAGUUUGAUGGGAAACUUAGACAAGUGUCUUUGGGGAAGUUGCUAGAUGUGAAGUUUGAUUUGACAUGGAGAGCUUGUACCAAAUUCUUCGAUUUUGACACAGACCUUCAUCCCGACGUUCUAUGUGACGCUAUUGCACGAGAAACUUGGUCAAGACACUUCUUUAACACAUUAAAAACUAUACAUCAGACACACUAUGAGCAGUUUGGAGACACAACAGGCACAGUUAAUAUAGAGGGCCAUGAUACUGUUAAUAUUAAUAUACGAGGUGUUCGUGACCACUCUUAUGGUAAUAUUCGUAACUGGCGGCAGUUACAUCGUUAUUGUAUACAAUAUGCCAAUUUUCCUGACGGAACAAAUCUCUGUUUAUCAGCUAUAUCCAUGCCAGCUACCAUGUCCAGAUUACACUGUGGAUUUAUCUUUCAUCCAUCUGGAGAAAUGGACACAGUAUCCUGGCAUGACCUGGAAUUUCAUAACCUAGGGGAUGACGGUACUCCAUCAACUAACUUUACUGUUAAUUUUAAAGCAGGAGAACAGCAAAGAACACUGAAGGUUGUUGUCAUAGAAACAAGACAGUUUUAUAUAGGAGAUGGAAGGGAUGCUAAAAUUUAUGAGAGAUAUGCCAGAUAUUUCUUAGAUGGGAUGGAAGGUUAUGGACUCAGCAAAUGGGAAUAUUGCAAUACUGAUGGUACUGAGCCAGAGAACAACAUGGGAUUAAAUUAUUGAUAAUUAUCAGAGAACUAAGUACAAACUAAAGCAUCUCCUUGCAUAUCAGACAGAAUUAUCUACUGUUUACAACGAUGCUAAAAAACCUGUCUUACACCCCUCAUGUAAGACAGGUUGUGUGAUUUAUAUGAUGUCAUUGCCAUGUGCCUAUUACAAAUGAAUAGCAUUCUUAGGACGACGUUAUUGUGCCAUUAUGAAUGAAGUUGUGAAUUCAUACGCUACUGCAAGGAAAAACUUCUGUGUAAAUGUUAGUUUUGGUAAUUUCUUUCAAUAAUGUAAUUAAUUAGUAGAAUCAAACACAGGAAUAUCUAGCUGUCUGGUAACUACUCUGCAGAGCCUCGUCUACCACCGUAAACAGUUACCCUCGAGCUAGAUAUUCCGGUCUGUACCGGCAGCCUGUGACUAAGGCAUCUCUUACUGCCUUUUUCAAGCAUUGUAAGAUAGUAAAAUCUGUGGUGAAAUUCAUAUUAAUCUGAGGUGAAAUUCAAAAUAAUCUUAGGUGAAAUCAAGUUAAUGAGGUAAAAUUCAAAUAAAUCUGAGGUGAAAUCAACUUUAUAUGAGGUAAAAUUCAAAUAAAUCUGAGGUGAAUUCAAGUUUAAAUGAGGUAAAGUUCAAAUAAAUCUUAGGUGAAAUCAGACUAAUCUGAUAUGAAAUCAAGUUUUGUUGUUGUUUUUUUGUGAAUUAUUUAUUAUCAGAAGAUAGUAAUGUCUGAGAUGGACUGACAAAGAUGAACUGUCAAUGAUGUGUGAUAUUAUUUGUAAUAUUUUGACAUAUAAGUGUGACUUGUUUCUAACAUUUUUUAGCUCACCUGUCACAAAGUGACAGGGUGAGCUUUUGUGAUUGCUUUUCGUCCGGCGUCCAUCGUCCGUCCGUCGUCCGUAAACUUCUACUUUAAAUGACAUCUUCUCAUAAACCACCAAGCCAAUUUCAUCCAAACUUCACAGGAAUGUUCCUUUGGUGGACACCUUUGAAAAUUGUUCAAAGAAUUAAAUUCCAUGCAGAACUCUGGUUGCCAUGGCAACCAAAAGAAAAAACUUUAAAUAUCUUCUUCUAAAAAAUCCAAAGAGCUAGAGCUUAGAUAUUUGGCAUGAAACAUCUUCGAGUGAGUGUCUACCAAGUUUGUUCAAAUAAAAGCCCUGCGGUCAAAAUUGGCCCUGCCCCAGGGGGUCAUUGUUUUCCUUAUAUGCAUAUAGUAAAAUCUUAAAAAAUCUUCUUUUAAAGAACCCAAAGAGCUAGAGCUAAGAUAUUAAGCAUGAAACAUUCUCUAAUGAGUGUCUACCAAGUUUGUUCAAAUAAAAGCCCUGGGGUCAAAAUUGGCCCCGCCUCAGGGGGUCAUUGAUUUUCCCUAUAUGCAUAUAGUAAAAUAGAUAAAUACAGAAUCCCUAAAGAAAGCCCAACACGGCAAAAUUGAAAAUGUUGCAGGCUCGGUUUGAAUGAGCCAGUUCAUGGACGGUACUGGAAAGUGCAAGUUACUGUCCACGCCCCCUAGCACCGGCUUAAGCAGAAUUCAACAUUAAAACACUAAAAUGAUGAAAUUUUGAAUUUGAAACUUAAAAAAAUUUCUUUUAAAGAACCCAAAGAGCUAGAGCUACGAUAUUUAGCAUGAAACAUCCUCUAAUGGGUGUCUACCAAGUUUGUUCAAAUAAAAGCCCUGGGGUCAAAAUUGGCCCCGCCCCAGGGGGUCAUUGAAUUCCCUAUAUGCAUAUAGUAAAAACUUAAAAAAUCUUCUUUUAAAGUACCCAAAGAGCUAGAGCUAAGAUAUUUAGCAUGAAACAUCCUCUAAUGGAUGUCUACCAAGUUUGUUCAAAUAAGAGCCCUUGGGUCAAAAUUGGCCCCGCCCCAGAGGGUCAUUGAUUUUCCUUAUAUGUGUAUAGCAAAAACUUUAAAAAUCUUCUUUGAAAAAAAACCAAAUAGCUAGAGUUUCGAUACUAAGCAUGAAACAUCUUCUAGUGAGUGUCUACCAAGUUUGUUUUUAUAAAAGCCCUUGGGUCAUAAUUGGCCCCGCCUCAGGGGUCAUUUAUUUUCCUUAUAUGUGUAUAUAGCAAAAACUUAAAAAUCUUCUUUGAAAAAACUCAAAUAGCUAGAGUUUAGAUAUUAAGCAUGAAGCAUCUUCUAGUAAGUGUCUACAAAGUUUGUUCAAAUUAAAGCCCUGGGGUCAAAAUUGGCCCCGCCCCGGGGACAUUGAUUUUCCAUAUAUGUGUAUAGCAAAAACUUAAAAAUCUUCUUUGAAAAAUCCCGAAUAGCUAGAGUUUAGAUAUUUAGCAUGAAACAUUUUCUAGUAAGUGUAUACAAAGAUUGUUCAAAUAAAAGCCCUUGGGUCAAAACUGGCCCUGCCCCAGGUGUGUCAUUGUUUUGAACUAUAUGUGUAAAGAAAAAACUUGACCGGCUAGACCUUAGAUGUUUAGCAUGAAACAUCUUCUAAUGGGUGUCUACCAAGUUUGUUCAAAUAAAAGUUUUGGGAUUUAAACUGGCCCCGCUCCGGGGGGCCUAUAUACAGGUGAGCGAUUUAAGGGCCAUCAUGGCCCUCUUGUUUAUUUAUUUGUCUUUGCAAUAAUAGAUGUAUUUAAGGUGCUUUAAGAAGUGGAAAAAUCAAAUUGUUGUUUAUUUUCUAUAGUGAAGUCUACUUAAUCUUUCAUAUUGUAUUUAUUUUAAUGUCCCAUAUACAUACAUGUAUUUUGUAAUGUUAUUUAUUUAUUUCUAUGCAUAUACACAUUUUAUUCAAUUUUCUCCAAUGUCUAUUUAACAAUUCCUAUUUCAUGUUUAUUUGUUAAUGUUUAUAACAUAUUAUAUGUACAGUAUUAAGUUGAAUGAAACAAACAUAUAAAUUAACAUUACACAAAAUGUAAUUCUAUUAAAGGUAUACAGAUACAUUUUCACAAUGAGUGGGAAUUUUUUAUAUUUGUUGAAAGUCCAAGACACUUAGCAUUUCCUCAAACUAUUGAUCAUUGCAGGUUGACCUAGAAAUAGAAAUAUAAUUAAACUGCCUGUACGUUUGUAAAUUGCAACUAAGCUUGCCUUUUUUCACUAGUCUGUGUUAUACAAUAAAAUAACACACUGUCUUCUAUUUUUAUUUCACCAAAAUGCUCUUGAAAAUGACCUAAAAGAAGAAACAAAUCACGUUCAGGGGAGAUAACUAAAAAAGAAAUUAGAUGGUGACCAACAAAAUUUUUUUUCAUCAAGUUAUUAGAAUCAUGGAUUUCGUUUAUUAUGCAAAGUUUAAAAUUAUUCUCUCAUGUCUCUGCGCUUGUUUUAAUUUUUCAUUUGUGCGUUUGUACGAAAAUUGAAGGAAUUUGAUUGUAAUUGUAUUGAUUGGAGUUGUCAGCAAGGCAAAAGAAACGCCUCAAAUAGAAAAAUCACAAAAUACCACAGUCAUGUUAACUUAUUUAUUUAUCAAAAGUCACAAUGACAUGGCACAUCACUAUUUUAUAUAUAAGUUUUAUAUAAAAGUUUUGUCAAAAAAGGUUUUGUCAUAAAACAUGUUUGAAUAAAAUUAUUAAACUUGGAAAAGUUUAAAACUUGGAAAAGUUUAAUAAGCAUGUACAUGUAGCGUUACUUAUCACUAUUUACAAUGUGCUUACAGUUACAAUUAUGACAAAUUUCAAUGAAAAUGCAUAUAAUCAUUAUGUUA